AUGAGUUUCUUAACCCAGCGGAACUCAGACUUCCACUGCUUUUCAAAUGUCCUUGAUGAAUUUCUGUUCUCUCAUUAUUCAAUUGGUGUUAUUCAACUGGGUGGAAGACCCGAGCGGCACACACUCGCCGUGCCGGAGGCAUACUUGGCACUUCCUUUGGCUUUUCCUUCAGAAAUCAGCGAAAAUAACCGAGGUAUCAAUUUAGCACUAACAGUUGACGCUAUGGUGCUUCCCCACAUGCCAUUAACUCUAAAUAAGGCUACCAUAAGGCAGCUUAAGAAAUUCUUCACUACUUAUGAACAUUACUUUCAUGUCAACGAUUUGUUGAAAUUUUUACCCAGAAAGAGGAUUUUUGUUCUAUUUCAUACGAGUAUUUCAUGUUCAGAAGCUGUUGACACUUCGGGGUUCAACUUCCGAAUAAAGCCAUGGCUUACAUUCAAGUCUUCACAAGGCAUAAAACAUCAUCAACACAGUAAAAUCCAACUCGAACAUACUCAACAAUCAAAGUCGACACUUACCGCCUAUUGA